UGUGCUUUUCCAGCAACACAUUUUCAGCCAUGAAUUGCAUUCAUCUGUGACACGGAUUCAGGUGCCAAUGUUGGGCUUCAACUAUUCAUUUGCACACAUGUGUAUUCUAAAAGACAACAAGAUGUGCGCCCUGGAUGAUAUUGUGUAUGUGCUGGAGGAGCUGAGGGCUGCAUGGACUGUCAAUGGCACAGGGAUUGUCAUCAACUACCCAAAUACCUACCUUAAAGAUGGCCAGGAGGUGUUUAUUGGGCACCAGCUUGGAGGUGUUACUCUGCAGAACAAGAAUCGGGUGAAAUCUGCUCGCGCGAUACAGAUCACCUAUUACCUGCAAACACGCAACUCCUUGAAUGAUUUGGUGGCGGAAAAAUGGGAAUCGGCUUUCUGCAAAACCAUUGAGAAUUUCCAAAAAUCUCACAAGGAGCUGAAACUCUAUCCGUUUACAUCGUCUUCACUGAAGGAAGAUUUUCAAAAGAGUAGCCAGGUUUCAGAGUGGUACCUGGUGACUAGCCUGCUGGUGGUUUGGCUACUGGCCAUGCUGUGCUGUUCCAUGCAAGACUGUGUUCGCAGCAAGCCGUGGCUUGGACUCCUUGGCUUAGUGACAAUGGCACUGGCCACCCUCACAUCAGCAGGGAUUAUCAACUUGAUGGGAGGGAAGUACAACUCUACCUUUCUGGGAAUUCCGUUCAUUAUAUUAGGACAUGGACUCUACGGCAUGUUUGAAAUGCUCUCAUCGUGGAGGGAGACCAUGGAGGAUCAGCAUGUGAAGGAGAGGAUUGCCAAUGUGUACGCUGACACCAUGCUGCCCAUUACACUCACCACUGCCAUGUACAUGGUGACGUUUGGCAUUGGCGCCAGUCCCUUCACCAAUAUAGAAGCAGUGAAGGAGUUCUGUGUGAACACAUGCAUAUCCGUGCUUUUUAACUACCUCUACCUGAUGGCAUUCUAUGGCUCCAAUCUGGUCUUCACUGGUUACUUAGAAAAUAAUUACCAGCACAGUCUCUUUUGUAGAAAAGUGCCCAAACCAGAUGAUCUGCAAGCAAAACCAGCCUGGUAUCGGUUUAUCAUGAUGUCCAAGUUCAGUGAGGAGGCAGCCAGCUCAAACGACACAAGCCCCUAUGAAAGUCAGUUCUUGCUUUGGUUUCUGAAGCAGUAUUAUUGUGAUUGGAUUACAAACACUUACGUCAAGCCUUUUGUGGUUUUGUUUUAUCUGGUUUAUAUCUCCUUUGCCUUAAUGGGCUACCUGCAGAUCAGUGAAGGUCUGGACCUCAGCAAUGUGGUGGCCACUGAGUCUCGAACUGUCUCUUAUAGCACCGUCCAGCAGAGAUACUUCAGUAGCUAUAGCCCCGUCAUUGGCUUUUAUAUUUAUGAACCCAUUGAAUACUGGAAUGCCAGUGUCCAGGAGGAUUUGUUAGAAAUCACCGGGGGCUUUGUCAGAAUUUCUUGGUUCGAAACAUACUUAAAUUACCUUAAAAAAUUGAAUGUUACCCCUCCAGUGUCUCGUAGCUACUUCCUAGAGACCCUGCGGAAUUCCUUCCUAAAGACGCCACAGUAUUCCCAAUUCUCCGAUGAUAUCAUACUGGUGAGGAAGGUCAACAAUGAGCUGGAGGUGGUGGCCUCACGCAUGUAUCUCGUGGCCAAGACAGCAGAGAACACCAGGGAAGAGAUUUAUGAUCUGCUGGAGACACUGAGGAAACUGUCCCUGACCUACAAGGUGAAAUUUAUGAUUUUCAACCCGUCGUUUAUAUACAUGGACCGGUAUGCUUCAUCGGUGGGAGCACCUCUGCAGAACUCGUGCAUCAGUGCUCUGUUUGUCCUCUUCUUCUCCGGUUUCUUGGUGGUGAACCCUCUGCUGAACGUCUGGCUCAGUCUGACCGUGGCCUCAGUGGAGUUUGGAGUCGCUGGCUUUAUGAGCCUAUGGGAUGUAGAACUGGACUGUAUCUCCGUCCUCUGCUUAAUUUACGGGAUAAACUACACCAUCGACAACUGUGCACCGUUCCUAUCGACGUUUGUCCUGGGUAAAGACCUGACAAGGACGAAGUGGGUUAAAAAUGCUUUGGAACUGCAUGGAGUGGCCAUUUUGCAGAGCAACUUUUGCUACAUGGUUGGUAUAAUCCCCCUUAGUUCGGUGCCUUCGAACCUGAUCUGCACACUAUUCAGGUGUCUGUUUCUUAUAGCCCUUUUCACCUUUCUCCACUGCUUUGCCAUUCUGCCCGUGCUCCUGACCUUUGUUCCGCCUUCCAAGAAGCAGGCGGAGAGGAAGAGCCCAGAAAACCACAGUGAGGUCGAGUGCAUGGAAAUGGUGGACUUGGAUGGCACCCGGGUGGUUGACCACAUCACCUCAGUCUGAUUGGCGCAAUGCAGCCAGGCGAUGCGGAGAGACGGAGAGAGAGAAAAAGACAAAGAGAUGGGGGGGAGUUCAU